AUGUCCUCACAAAUUUUACCGCAAGCUAUGUACAGACGAGACUCAGAGGAAAUGCAGGAGAAGCCCCUCGAAAUUGACCAGGACUCCAAUCCCGACCCCAGUCGAUCGAACAGUCCAAAAAACAUGAAAUAUUACGAAGAUAAAACUAUAAUAAAUCAAGGAAAAAAGUCUUUUUGCAUAGAUGCCCUGCUCUCACGUCACAUGGAACCAGAAAGUUCGAUUCAAGAAAAGAUGGCUCAACAAAAAUAUCUGUCACUUAUACAAAACAAAAACUACAUAGCGAGAUAUCAGAAUGAAAAUUAUGAAGCGCAAAUAGAGCACAACAUGAUAAACAGGUGUCAGAAUCGCAGUUCGGAAGGGUUCGAUAGGGUUGAAAGUGAGAGUCCACGUUCGGGACAGAGCAGUCCCGAACGGAGUGGGACGCCGGGCUCCGAUGACGGAAACAGGUCAGAGAGCUACAGUCCACCGAUUUCACCGGGAGUCGAAGUUGGAGCUGAAGAAUAUGAAAGCUAUAGACCUGGUAUAAUACCGAAGCCGGGACUCCUGCCACAGAAUCCGGCUUUAGUGGCGGCUCAGUCCUCGUUGUUCAACUACCCCCAACUAUCACAGCCCGGGGCGAUGCCUCCGGGUGCUCCGCUACCGUCCGCUUUCCACCACCCGGGCGAUCGAGUGCUGCAUCACAUGCAACUAGAGUGGCUGGCGCGGACUGGCAUGUUUUACCACCGGAUACCUGAGCUUGGAGGUAUGGAAUAUAGAUAA